GAAACCCCGAAGUGCCAGAGCUCACGUACAUGUGACUGUGCAAUUGUGUGCAUAAGUAGAAAGGCAGUUUCCUAUGGACACCGGUCGACUGUCUGGUAACUCUGUUACUACGUUAAUAAAUAAUAAUGCAGGAAAAUACAAAAAUGGAUUCGAAUAUGUUAAAUGAAUUAGACUGGAUUCGAGUACGCGACGAAAUUCAUACAAAUAACGUGUCAGAAACAUUCACGGGAAGAUUUAAACGUAAAGUAGGAGAAAAUCCUCUGGUGCCUCUAGGUUGUUUGGCAACCGUAUCUGCUCUUAUGUGUGGUCUUUACAGUUUUUAUAAUGGAAAUUCACAAAUGUCUCAAUACAUGAUGCGUGUACGUGUAGGGGCACAAGCAUUCACUAUAUUUGCUAUGGUUACUGGAUUUAUGGUCGCAGCGUCAAGGAAUGAAGAGCCAAUGGAUCGCAAUUAAACUAUGUAU